UUUAACUUUGAGUUUAUGGAGGCUGCAGUCGUGGAAAAUGAAGAUCUCCUCCGUGAUCUUCGCUCUGCUGACUCGAGCGCUGCUUGGAGAUUUGUCUUUGGCCAUCAACGUCACCAUCACCCCUUCCCCCUUCACGGUGGCCCAGGAGGGUCAGAAUGUCACCCUCUCCUGCGUCGUGUCCCAGCGGCGGCGCAACGCCGCCCUGCCGGUGGUGAAGUGGACCUUCCUGCCCAUGGGCGCCGACCGGCCGGAGGACGAGCUCCUCGUCGCCCGCGUCAACAUGAGGAAGGCCCGAUUCUACGGCAACUACACCAAGAGUUUCCCGUGGCCCAAGCUGAAGCUGUUGGUGGUGAAGCAGGGGAAGAUAUUUGACCUGGUGGUCUUGAACGUGUCCGAGGGCGACCGGGGGCUCUACGUGUGCCGGGUGCAGGAGUUCAGAAAGCACCAGGACCGCUGGAAGGCCUCGUCCAACUGCACCGCCACGACUGAGCUCCGAGUGCAUGUCAUACCGGCCCCCAAGGCCAAAGAGAACUUGUGGAGUUUGUUCGAAGACGUGUACCUGUGUGCGGUGCUGAUCUGCUCCGUGGGCCUGCUGUGUAUGUGCAUGUUCACGGUCACGGUAACCUGCCAGUACAUACAGAGGAAGCAGAGGUUAAAAGAUAAUUACCUGCUGGUCAACAGCCCUCACAGCAGCUCGGGGGAGACGGUCACCAGCGUGAUCAACGGUUCUCCCGCUCUGCCGAGGAAGGAGAGGAGGUACCGGAAGAAGAGGAGCAGAGAUUACCACGACCAGAUUCCACCGGAGAUCCCGGCUAAAGUUCCCAUUGGAGACAAAACACGGAAACCCAAACUUUUAAAAGCCCAACCACGGAUACUAGUGUUGCCGAAGAUCGUGGAGGAGAAUCUGACCUACGCGGAGCUGGAUCUGGUGAAGCCGAUUCCGGACGCCGUGGCGUCGUGCAGCGGCACCGUGUACGCCCAGAUACAGUUCGGGGAGCAGCAGCUCUGAGAUAAACGCACACAAACGCCACUAAUACCUGUGCCUUAUGUAUCAAAAAAACUAAAAAAAGGAUUGUCUAUUUAUAGCCUGAGAUAGUUUGCAUUCAAACGCUUCGUGAAGACUGAAAAUGUUGACACGAUGUUGUAAAUAUGUUUUUUUUCUUUUUUUAAAUGUGCCUUGGGGCGACUUCCUUUCAUGAGACCAGGAUGCAAAGAGGAAAGAGAAAUGUUUUUUUGCACGCUGGUCGUAUUUCAUGUAGAACUGUUUAUUUUUCGUGUGUAGCUUCAAACUUGGGACACGAUACGAGACUCAGAACCAGAGUUCAGAGGGGAGAUUGGAGAUUUUAAUUAGCAGAUGUAACUAUUAAGUAUGGAGAGCCAGGAGGUGAUUAGCUUAGCUUAGCACGAAGAAUGGAAAGCUUGGGGAAACAGCUGCCGUGUCUCUAGCUAGCUGGCUAACAUGACGAAAUGCAGGCGCUGUACCUGUUGUUGUUUUCCUUUUCUUUAUUCAUAAUUAAGAACAUGCACAGAAACCUCCCUCAACCACUGAUGAUUGUAUUUUACAUUUCUGUGUUUCUCGUGAGCUUUUCGAGAUGUACGUCGUCAACGUCGUUCACUAAGCUAAGCUAAUCGCCUCUAAGCUCUCGUCUAAGCCAAUUCCCAAAAUGUUGAAAUAUUCUUUUAAAAACGCCCUUUAUAUAUACAAAUGAUUUUAGAUGCGAACACUUUGAUUCACUUAAACACAUAUAAACCUAUAAUACUGUUUUCUGAGAUGUCCUUCGGUCUUUGAGCUCAACUGUGGGAAGCUAACGGUGAUGGAUCGAGUGUGUUCCCGGGGUUAUCUGCACCGGGAGUUCAGUGUGUCUCUGUGUCGGCCUGUUUUAAUGACCACAACCCCACAGAGUUGAUAUCAGAGUCGCAAUUACACCCGUUUCAUCUGGUGCCAACGUCAACUUAACGGGCUAUUAGCGACACAAACAUUAGCAUGCAAAGGUGGAGUUAGACGGAGGCCAAACAUCCCCGUCGGCCUUGAAUCCAAAAAGGCUGCAAACUAUUUACAGACGGGGACAAACUGAAGAAGUCUGGACAGUUUCACUUUGAUGCCUUCAGGCGACUUGAACUCUGACGGUGAUUUGUGUUGUUGUUGGAAGCCGUAUCGGCUGUAAUCCCAUUACCUUCGGACGGUCUUCUCACUUUCCGUGAAUGUGAGCGUGACAUUGCUUAAGCCUUCUUCUUUUUUCUACAUUUAAUGAUCCUUCUGGAUUCAGCCAUGGAAAAAGAAAUGGAGAGUUUUUUUUGUUUUUUAAUGGUGAACUUGAAACCCAGACACAAAGGCACUGGAUCCCUCCCUUCCCCCAAGACCUCCUCCACCUCAUGUGGAGUUAUCCAUAAAGAUGGAGCCUGUGACGUCAAACCUUCAACGACCAAAAGAUUAACCAGCUCACCCGGCUAGUUAUCUAGUAGUUAGAGAGUAUUUAGCUAACGGGUAAAGUUAUUUGACUCGUCUGCAAAACAUGUAGGUAUGUGACUGGUGUAUUUGGGAAGUAAACUCCUAUGAUUAGCCGGCUAACAGCUGAUGUAUACGCACAUGGCCUUCAUUGGAUUGUUGAGUCUCCGGUUACAAAAAGACAGAAGUUGUCCACGUCUGUUUUUAAAAAUUAAGGAAAAGUGAAAUUAGCCUCAAUCUUCCAAAAUGGCUACCGGCCAGAUAACGCUUAAGAACUAAUUAUCGGUUCUUUUUGCCCAUAUGUCACAUUUUAAUCCUCCAUUAUUUUUCCAUUGCUGGUUUCUUAUGUACUUCAGUGUGUGAAAUGACUAAAAACGACCUUUCAGUGGGCAGAAGUGUCUUUAAAAAAAUGCCCUUUUGAACUGUGAAAUGUAAAGUUUCUUCCAGACCACAUUGUCCGUAACGGGAGUCGACUAACGACAACCAUGUGUGUGAACUGUGCCUCUCCCUCUCCCUCUCUUUUCCCUCUCUCCCUCUCCUCUCCCUCUCCCUCUCCUUUCCCCCUCUCUCUCCGUGACCUCUACGCUCAUCAACAUUCCAGCAUUUCUUCUCUUAUAUUUUGUUUUGUGCAUUUUUUUUGUACCUGUACAAAGUGUUGUGAAAAUAAAUGUACAAUGUGGGACGUGA